AUGGACUCAACAGAUAGCACAGCUUUACUUGUAUUCCUUUGCCUAUUCCUUAUCUAUACAGCAAUAUCUUGCUUGUGCCUUUUUCGUGCUAUACGAUUGCAUAACUUCACUACAGAAUGGCGGCAAACCAAAAUAUUUUAUGUGACAGUCCUUUUUCAAUCGCUCUUACGUGCAAUUUGCUUUUUAGUGAUUAUUACAAACCUGAAAAGUUUAUCGGACGUUUUUCUUUUCUUAUUGCUUUCAAUUCCUGAUUCACUUUUUAUCGUAAGCUAUCUUUUACUUAUAUGGCAGAUGCUGACUGUCUUUUAUUAUGCUCACAUCUCUCAGCUUCGGAUGACAUUUUUUAAUGAGAUUUCUAAGAGACCUAAAUAUAGUAAAGCAAGUAAAGCUAUAGCAUUUAUACUUACAAUUUGGAUAGGUACCCAAAUAAUGCUGUACUUUUUACUGUCUUGCUCAAUGCUGCACGAAAGAGACAUAUCAAAGGAAAUUGGGAUUGUUAAUUUUAUUCUACCAAGCUGUGUAAUGGCAAUGAUGGUUUAUUUUCAAAUAAAAUACUCAGGACUGCCGACAAGAUCGAAAGUAUGAAAGUCCAAACUUAAUAGGAUAAAUUGUGUGGCCUUGUUUUGGUCACUCGCAAGAUUUGCUGAAGGGAUUGAUGACAUUUUGGCAGAAUAUUCAGAACCAAAUAUUCUGCCAAAAUGGAAUCCAAAGCCCAGGGGCGAAACUACUGGUUUCAGGCUGGGAAAUAGUCUUGAUUUACCAGCUAUUAGCUGCCAGUGCUGCUGGGAUCUCUUUUUAACUCUCAACUCUAUUCCCUCUGAGGCGAAAACCUUGAUCUUUAAUAGAACCUGAGGUCUGCUAAUCCCCAUAUUGCACUAUAAACUGCUUCCAUGUGACCCCUGGCAUGAUAAAAAAACGAAGCCAAUUACAUGUGCCAAGCGGGUUGGUUGGGUUAUCAUACCUUUUAAUGUAUAUGAUUAUUCAGAACCAAAUAUUUAGUGAAAACAUCACAAAUAGAGCUGAUCAUGCAAUGGAUACGACUGCAGCUGCUUUAAUGAUAUUAAGCUUAAUAAUUAGCGAAGUUAUUUGCAUGGCACUGGUUCUUGAUUAUGGAUUUAUAGGAAUAUUUUUGUUUUCUGAGGAAGAGGGUGAUCAAAGUAUCCUUGACAUUGAUGAGAAGAAUUCAAUUAUGGAUGAAAAAACACAUGAGUUUUCAACACUCAGCAUGGUUGCUGAGACCUCUAUUAAGUUAUCUGAUUUAACAAUCAUUGAUGAAUAUUUUUCAAAGAAAAAUGGUCUUGGAAAGCUCUACAAGGCAACCUAUAAAGGGAUGACUGUAAUUCUUACUCUCUCUUCUUAAAUCGGUGCAAAUAUAGGAAAAAUUUUAUUUUUUGGUACUUUAGCAUCCUUUAAUUGAAACACUUAUUUUAUUAUUAGGAAAAUUUGAUUAGUGAAAAUACUACUUUUUAUAAAAUUAGUUUUGACCUAAUUUUAUGAUAAAAGCGCAGUUAGAAUAUUAUUUAGACGGUUUUCAUACUAAUCGAUUAAUGUUUUGAAAUAAUUCCAAAAUUAAAUCCAAAAAUAUAUUACAUUAACUUAUAUUUUUUUUGAUUUUUUAAAACUAUAAUUUUUUAGGACAAAAAUUCGCCCCUUUAUAUUGAAAAGGGAUUUUUUGUUCCAAUUUAAACCUGGGGAGUCAGGAAAAAUCGUAUUCAAAAGACUAAGCGGCUAUGUGAUUGAAGAAUUCCAAGAAGAAAUUAAUAUAAUACAAACAAUGAUAUGCAACCAUCUACUCCCUAUAAUUGGAGUAAUUAUAGAUCUCCCAACCAUAGGUAUUGUAUAUCCAUUUGUUGAGCGUGGAUCUCUCUAUAAUGCUUUGCACGUUGAAAAGGUCAAGUUUUCAUAUAGAGAAAAGCUAAGAAUUGCUUGUGACAUUGCUGAAUGCCUUGAACAAAUCCAUUCCCAAGGCAAAGCUCAUGGACAUCUUACAUCAGAUAAUAUUUUACUUAAAGAUGAUGGGGAAGCAUUAAUCUCUGACCUUGGGUUCCUUAAGGUAAAAAAAUACGCGGGUAUUAUCUCUGGAUAUACAAAUAAAUCAGGAUGGAGCUCGCCCGAGUUCAUAAAGGAAAAGAGACUAACACCUUUGAAAGCAGUGCCAAGUGACGAUGUAUAUAGUUUUGGAAUGAUGGUUUGGGAAAUCAUGAGUGAGCAAGAACCAUUCCCUGGAUAUUCUAAAGAUCAGCUCUGCCAACAGGUAGUUGUUGAAGGGUACAGACCAAAAAUACCUGCAAAUAUACCUGAAGUUCUCUGCAACUUAAUAAUGUCAUGCUGAAAUACAGAUCCAGAAAAAAGACCACCAAUAUCUUUAUUAGCUAGAUCUUUAGAAAGAAUUUCAAACUAA